AGCUUGCGCCCAGCUGAUUUGGUAUUUACAACAACAAAGCGGAGUAGAGUAUUCAAUUAGCAACUUUAAUUACAAUCGUAAAAAAGAGUGAUAUAGCAUAGUUUAUAUAAUGUUUGGAAAUCUGAAAAAGAAGCUAAGCAAUGCCAUACAAGAGGGCAUUGUAAUUUCCGAGAGUCUACAGCAACACUAUCGUCAACGUGUCAGCAGCAGCAACAACAAUAACAGCAGCAGUCAAACAAGUGCAGCCACAACACCAACGACGCCAUUGGGAGCAUCCCGAUUGGGUCUGAACGAUAGUUUCACCUCUAGUCGUAGCAGUUCACACUCUUUGGCCGAUGGGGUGCCAACACAUCUCAAUGUGGCAGCCGGUUGCAAUUUAUUGUCCAAAUACGAGGAUGAUUGGCAGAAAAUUCACGCAUCGAACGAGGAGAAUGCGCAGCAAGCGGCCGCAAUUGCCACACAAAUAACAGGCAUUCAACAGCGGGCCAGUGGACAACAUGCAACCAUAACGGAACUCAACAAUUGUCUGGCCGGUUUGCCAGCAUUGGUGGUCAAGCUACAAGCUAGUGCCAAGACGUUGCAAUCGCUGGAGGAAAUGGGUGCGCAGCUGGAAGUUGAAUUGGAGAAGCUGGAGGAUCUGUGCGAGGAAUGUGAAAUGCAGGAAUUUGUGCUGGAGCAGCAGUUUCAAUUGUCAAAACACAAGCAGCGCAAGCUGAACGAGCUGGAACAGUACAGGCAGAAGAUUGCCGCAGAGCAUCAGCAAAAGAUUCGCGCUCAUGAGCAGCAACUAAGGCAGCUGCAAAAAGAACGCCAGGCUGUGUUCGAUGAUGCAUUUCGUAGCGAUCUCGAGGAAUACAAGCAACGUGGCCAACUUACUAAGAUACCAUCAAAAAUAAGCAAACAAACUUCUUUGGAUGAAGUUGUGCUGGAACAGAACGAUGAGGAGGCCAAGGAUGCUCUUGAGCAGUUUCUAAACGGUUGAUAACUAACUCAAUUGUAUUGUCUCAUUAGUGCCUUUAGUGCAAUAUGCAUCAUUAUCAUUGUAUAAGUAUAAAUAUAAAUAUAAGUACACAUAAUUACUUUGC